AUGAUCGCGGACGGGAAGCUGCAGCCGCCGUCCUGGGGCUUCUUCAACCACAGGCACGCGGAGCGGUACAACGUCCUGCGGGACUUCGCGACCAAUUUUCAGAGGCAGCUGGUGUCAACGCCGGCGAACCCGAGGGGAGCCCCGUCCAGGAGCCCGUUCACCAGCGAGCGGGCGCACCGAGACGGCACGCAGCGCGGCUCCGGCAGCGGGAUGUCGAAGCCCGACGGGGGCGCCCUCAAGCGGGUGCAGUCCCAGCCGAGCAUGACGAAUUUGUCGCUGCUAGGGGCCGACAGGGGCGGCCAGCGGGGCGGUGGCCCGUUGGCGAGGGCGGUGCUGCAGGCCCAGGGCGAGGGCGGCCAGCCCGGCGGCGACGGCGGCGGCCUGGCGGCGCGCGCUGCCACGGAGUCCCGGCAGGAUCGAGCCGCCCGGCGCCGACCUGGACCGGCCCACGGAGCGGGGCGCGUCAGAGGACGACAAUUGCUUCCUGCGCCUGCACGUGCCGCACUUCGUCGGCGAGAAGCCGCACCACGCGCACCACGUGCCGCCGGCGCUCCUCAAGCAGUCCGCCUCCUGCUCGUCGUUCGCCGCCGCCGCCGCCGCCGCCGGGAGAGACGCCGACUGCGGGCUAGCGACGACCGCGGCGCGGCCCGCGUGUCGCGCGCCCAGAGGAGCCUCGCGCUGCAGCCGAGCUUGGCUCCUGCGCCGGCGCCCCCCCGGGCGUUUCGGCACUCGAAGUCGCGCUCGCUGCCAGGCGGCGAGUAA